GAACGUGUCAAACAGCGACGUGGUGACGUAGUGGUGACGUAGGGGGGACGUACGGAAGCCGGCGUUGGGCAGAUGCAGUCAGAGAGCUUACCGGGUCCCAGUGUUCUGCUGGUGGAACCGUUCUACGGCGGUUCUCACAAACAGCUGAUCGACCUGCUGCAGCAAAACAUCACCAGCUGCUCCGUCUUCACGCUGCCCGCCAAGAAAUGGCACUGGAGGGCGAGAACGGCGGCGCUGCACUUCAGCCAGGCCAUCCCCACCUGUCCCUCAUACAGAGUCCUGUUCAGCAGCUCAGUCCUGAACCUGUGUGAGCUGGUGGCACUCAGACCAGAUCUGGCUCCCCUGAAGAAGGUUCUGUACUUCCAUGAGAACCAGCUGGUUUAUCCGGUCCGCAAAGACCAGGAGAGAGACUUCCAGUACGGAUACAACCAGGUCCUCUCGUGCCUGGUGUCAGACGUGGUGGUGUUUAACUCCGUCUUCAACAUGGACUCCUUCCUGUCCUCCAUCUCCUCCUUCAUGAAGAAGAUCCCAGACCACCGACCCAGAGACCUGGACCUGCUGAUCCGGCCCAAGUGUGUGGUCCUGUACUACCCAGUCCAGUUCCCUGAUGUCAGCAGGCUGAUGCUCAAAAACAAAGUCCUGUACAGACCAGAAGAAAGACCUGGUGAUGAAGACCAGACUCCACGGUUUGGUGAGUCUACAUCAUCAGAUGACCAGCAGGGAGAUCCACAUGAAUCCACAACAGACCAGAGACCAGUUAGUGAGGGGGGCGCUGGAGACCAGAUGAAACCACUUCACAUAGUCUGGCCUCACAGGUGGGAACACGACAAGAACCCUGAACUGUUUUUCUCCACGUUGAUCAAACUGAAAGAGAAACAAGUCGACUUUCUGCUGUCGGUGCUCGGAGAGACCUUCACUGAUGUACCAGAGAUCUUCUCGGAGGCCAGAGGUCAGCUGGAGGGUCACAUCCUGAACUGGGGUUUCCUGUCCAGAGAGCGUUACCUUCAGGUGCUGCUGCAGGCCGACGUGGUCGUCUCCACCGCACGCCACGAGUUCUUCGGAGUCGCCAUGUUGGAGGCCGUUCACUGUGGCUGUUAUCCUCUGUGUCCUAAGGCGUUGGUGUAUCCUGAGAUAUUCCCAGCAGAGUACCUGUACUCCACACCUGAGCACUCUUCUUCUCACUCUAUUGAGCAGCUGUGUAAACGUCUGCAGGGACUCUGCAGGAGGCCCGACAUCACACGGAGACACGUCGUCAAGGUCGACACCUCCUUGUUCUCCUGGACGACGCUGAAGGAGCGUUUUGAGACUCUGCUGGCAGCCGGGUGUCCCUGAACGCACCGCUGUGGCUUCAUUAGCUGUGGAUGGUUUGGCGGUCGUCGGCGCUGCCAGGAAGUCGUCAUGCCUGAGUCCUCGCCACGUCCCUCCACCUCUGAGUCCUGGAUCAAAGGCAGUCUGGAGGACUGGAGACGCAGAGUCUGGACCCGUAAACGUCCUCUAACGUCUUUAAUGUGUGUGGUUUGGGGGGGGGGCUGUUGUGAUGCUGUAGUCCACCACACAGACUGAGCGGCGGCCAGCCGGCGGUUUCUCUCUGUGACCCACCUGAGCUGCCAGGUCCAGGUCUACACUCAAACCAGACUGAAGUGGAUCAGCAGACAGGAGCUCUUUACAUUUCAUCUGAAUGUGUUUAAUGAUUAAA